AUGUUGGCCUCCAAGCCUGCAUACCAAACUUCGUUGGGUCAUUCGACAUCCCAAACGACCCCGUCAUAUCAGUCAACGAGCUUUCACAGAACCGGCUCAUCGUCGAUGACGAGCGAUACUGGGAUGUUUACCUCACCCACCGAGUCUGAGUUUUCAGUUAAUCACGAUGGAUUGGAUUCAGUCCGAUCGUGGGAUGAGAAAAAGCUUGCGGAGUGGCUUCAUAGUAUAAGGUGUGGACAAUACGAGCCUUUAUUUAAAGCAAACAAUUUCAACGGAGAUAACUUGCUCGAGUGUGAUCAAAAGAUUCUUCAAGAAAUCGGAAUCAAGAAGAUUGGUGACCGAGUCCGGAUAUUCGUCGCCAUCAAGCAGCUUAGGAACAAAGCUCUCCUUAAUCGUAAGAAAAAGAACAAUACGGCAAGCUUAACAAAAGACCCUCUUGCGGCCCUCGAAGCUACGACAUAUGCACCUUUGUCGAACGAUGUAUACUCAUCGUCAGGGUCCCGUAAUCCAUUAUCUUCAAAAUGGUCACGCCAACUCGACUCUAUAAGCGGGAGAUCCAAUUCUCGGCCCUCGUCUCCUCUGACGAUGGACGACAGAACUCGACCACUCCGACACGCUACUAGUCCUCUAGAAGGCCCUCGUCGGGAUGGAAUACCUGGUUAUCUCAGUCAUCCGUCUUCCGCCGGAUCAGGCUCUGGACGUCGCCCGAUCACACCUGGCGAUACUUCGCAAAUGUCGCACUCGAGACAGAAUCCUAGUAUCGACGGUUAUACUAUAGGCUCUCUUCCUGCUAAUUCUUAUGUCAUCCGAGUAAUCUAUACCGGCGGGCAGACGAAAGCCAUGAAUGUAAAAGGUUGCAAGAGCGCCGAGGAAAUCAUGCUUCUUGUGCUGAGAAAAUUGCAACUCCCUGAUUACCAACACCGGAAUUAUUGCUUCUAUGUCUUGGACGGACUAGAGCCUGAUCCGGCCAACUGCCGCCGGGUGACAGAUUCCGAACUGAUGAGAAUUUGUGAGGGUUCUCAGAAGUCUGAACGUGGUCGCCUUAUCCUAAGAAAGAUACAUACUGGCGAACCUGAUGCCGAUGAACUACGCCGUGCCGCCCAGUUAGCGCUUGAUGAGAGUCAGGCUACUCACCUCAACGCUUUAAGUAGCUCCAACGUCCGCAACCAACUCAAGAUCCAACAACUGACCGGGGAGCCUUGGCACAAUAUCAAGCAACCCAUCUCUCCACUGACUUCGGAAAGAUCGAGACAUCUGUCAAAUGAUGAGCACGAAGCUUCGCCAACUUCUGCUAGCAUGGAGCGCCCAUCAGCAUCAAAACUACGAUCUUUCUUUGGUGCUCGACCUCCUAGUGAAAUGAUCAUUCAUGAACUAACCUCAUAUUUCCCGAGUCAUCAACGAGAGGAUAUCGAGAAGACAAUGCGUCUCUCUGUACGAAGAUCUCAACGACUGAGCCGAGCCGCGAGUCGACUGAGUGUUGUCAGUAAUAUUAGCUUUGCAUCAAGCUUGAAGGAUGCACCUCCUAUUCCUAGUAUCGCUGACACAUGGCUUACUGGGGGCCAAUCAGCUCGCCCAUCCCGACCUCUAUCAGUUGCAAGAUCUCAUCUACCUCAGAUCUCAUAUCGAGACUCGAUCGCUUCGAGUUCUCUGCAGCCUCUUCAAGAAGAGUCGCCAAUUGAACCGGAUCGGAAGUCUUACAUAUCAUUCGGAAGUGGAUCCGAAGCUGUAUCUGGUGAUGCCAGCUCAACCCAAAGAAGCUUCCUUGACGAGACGUUGAGCGUCGCAGCCACUGAUGGCGGUGGCUCUUUGAAUGAGCGAUUGAGCAUGAUCGUAGCGGAGGACGGCGAAGAAGAGGAUACUGGUCUCGCAGACUUCUUGAAUGGAGACAACUUCGCGGCCAAGAACUGGAUGAAGGGUUCUCUGAUUGGUGAAGGUUCUUUCGGAAGUGUCUUCCUUGCACUUCACGCAAUUACCGGAGAGCUCAUGGCAGUGAAACAAGUCGAACUACCUUCCGCCACAAAGGGGACGGAGUUUGACAAGAGGAAAAACACCAUGGUUACCGCUCUAAAGCACGAGAUUGAACUCUUACAAGGCUUGCACCAUCCUAAUAUUGUCCAAUAUCUCGGUACCUCCGCAGACGACCAUAACCUAAACAUUUUCCUGGAAUACGUCCCGGGUGGCUCCAUCGCCGAAAUGCUCAAACAGUACAACACCUUCCAAGAACCCCUCAUCAAAAACUUUGUCCGCCAAAUCCUUGCAGGAUUAUCUUACCUACACAGCCGUGACAUCAUCCACCGUGACAUCAAGGGCGCCAACAUCCUCGUCGACAACAAAGGAGGCAUCAAAAUCUCCGAUUUCGGCAUCUCAAAACGUGUCGAAGCAUCCGCUAUGCUGGGAUCGAGUGCAGUCAGUGGGAAGGGCCACUUGCACCGCCCUUCCUUGCAAGGAAGUGUCUACUGGAUGGCGCCCGAAGUCGUACGCCAAACAGCCCAUACCAAAAAGGCAGAUAUCUGGAGUCUGGGCUGUCUUGUCGUGGAAAUGUUUAUUGGUGCUCACCCAUUCCCCGAUUGCAGUCAGUUACAAGCUAUCUUUGCGAUUGGUAAUAAUCAAGCUCGCCCCCCGGCACCAGAGCAUGCUAGCAAGGAAGCUUGUGCGUUCUUGGAUGUGACGUUUGAGAUUAAUCAUGAAAAACGACCUAGUGCGGAUGAGUUGUUGGAGUGUGAGUUUUUGGCGGUAAAUGUUUGACCGUCGAAAGCAUCUGUUGGGAUGUAAUUGAGCUCUGAUAUAAUCUGUACG